AUGACGGCAUACGUCGGGAACGACAGCGAUGCGACCUCUGGCGGCUCUGCUGGCCGUAAGAAGGAAGCUGCGGAUGAAAUAGAAAUGGUUCCAACUAAAAGCCAUCAAGCCCAGUCCAGAGGCCCGCUGAUGCUCACCGAGGCGAACUCGGUUGAGAAGACAGGAUAUAAGUUCACAAAGAAGCAUAAGUGGACUAUCUUGACAGUUGUCGGACUCUGCCAAACCAGUAUGAAUUACAACGCAGCGGUCUACUCCAACGCAAUAGGACCGCUUAAUGAGCACUACCAUCUCGGUAGUAACCAUUUUACCAACGCUAGAGCCGGUAUGGCUUGGUUUUUGAUCCUGUACGGUAUUGGAUGCGAACUGUGGGCACCCUGGUCCGAGGAGUUCGGACGAAAGCCGAUCAUGCAGCUGUCUCUUUUCACUGUCAACGUCUGGCAAAUUAUGGCCGGUGCCAGUACCUCUUGGUCUCACGUGCUGGCAGCGCGUCUGCUCGGUGGUCUCUGCUCCGCAGGUGGAUCUGUAACACUCGGAAUGGUUGCGGACAUGUUCGACCCCGAAGACCAACAGCUCCCUAUCCUCUGGGUUAGCUUGUGGAGUUUGAUCGGCGGCAUCUGUGGUGGCCCUAUCGAGCAGUUCCUUUACUGGCGAUGGAAUUUCUGGAUCCAGCUCAUACUUGGCGCCACUGUCCAGAUCAUUCACUUCUUCUACGUUCCCGAGACUAGGGCAACGAUCAUGCUCAACAAGGAAGCAAAGAGGCGACGCAAACAAAACCCGGAGGACAAUGUCGUUGGACCGACCGAACACGAGAAGCUCAACUUCAUGAGCUGUCUCAGGAUCAUGGGUCGUCCUUACAAGAUGCUGGUCUGCGAACCGAUUGUUGGCUUCCUGUCAUUGCUCAGUGGAUUCAGCGACGCGCUCAUCUUCAGUUUCCUAGAAUCGUACGGAUACGUGUUCGGAAAGGACGGCUGGGGCUUCACUCCUAGUCAACUGGGACUCGCCCUUUUCGCCCUCUUCAUCGGUUACUGGCUGGCAGCAGUACUAUACUACCCUGUUAUCCGACGCCACAACCAGCAGCGUAGCAACGGAAAGACUCUCAGCCCCGAGAGCCGGCUAUCAGCCCUCCGGUGGAUCGUACUGCUCCUUCCCGUCGGUUUGUUCGGAUCCGCAUUCGUAGUAACUGGACCACCUCUUCCAUGGAUCGCACCACUCAUAUUCGCCGUCUUGAUUGGUUGCGCAAAUCUCGCCAUCUACUUCGCCACGAUCGACUACAUGGUUGCCGCUUACGGGGGUCAGUACUCUGCCUCAGCCACUGGUGGUAAUGGAUUUGCUCGAGACGUCCUCGCUGGUAUUUGCUCCUUCUACACCGGCCCAAUGUACAAGAACCUUGGCGUCACGAACUCGACAUGGGUGUUGUUCGCGAUCUCUGUCCUUGUUUGCAUCCCGGUCUUCUGCAUCUACAGGUGGGGUCCUAAGAUUAGAGCCCGAAGCAUGUACGCCGAGCGGAUCCAGCAAGAGAGAGAAAAGAAUGACGCCGCCAAACAAGCAACGUAG